AUGGUACCCACUGAAGAGGAAAAACCUGGGCAAUGGUCCAAGUUUUACUCGGAGGAGAUCCCGGAAGCUCCACCCCCGGACUGCCUGGACAGAGAUAAAAAGGGCAGGACUUCCGGAGAGGGGGUGUUUGCUGGGUCCCAGCAGCGGGAGGAAGGCAGGGGCCGGAGGAGGCACCGGAACGAAGCCGGGGUGAAGAUGGCACCGGCUGUGGUGGGGAAGCGGGAGUGCCUCAGCCCGGAAACCCCGUGCCAUCCCGACUUCGCCAGGGGCGGCAGCCCCACCCCGCCACCGGGCCGCCACCGCGGGAGGCAAGCCCGGGGAACCAGCCAGUCCCCAUCCAAAAAGGAAAUCAAGUCCUCAGGGAGAAGCAGCAAGUCCCCUGGAACUAAGAGAAGCCGGAGUCCUCACCACUCAACAGUCCAGGUGAAGCAGGAAGGGGAGGGUCGGCCCUGGAGAGGACGAGAGGACCGACCGCACCCAGCCCCAUCACCCCAGGAACACAGGAGAUCUAGAAACAGUGAUGGAGACAAGCAUGGUGGCCACUCACGCCACAGGAGGAGCUCUGAUGCAAGGCCCGCAGGUGGCCGGGAUCGAGACAGCCAGGACUUGCAGGCUGUAGAGGAGGAGCCGGAGUUUUGUAAUGCCAGGCACCGGGAGCACCGCCUGAAGAAUGCAAUCAGUGGCAGUGCUAAUGAGGCUGGAGAGACGGCUCCUCAACCUGGUGGCAACAGCAGAAGCAAGGAAGUGCCUGUUAAAGAAAAACCAAGCUUUGAACUUUCUGGGGCACUUCUGGAGGACACUAACACCUUCCGGGGUGUGGUCAUUAAGUACAGUGAGCCCCCAGAAGCACGUAUCCCCAAAAAACGCUGGUGGCUAUACCCUUUUAAAAACGAUGGGGUACUUCCUGUCAUGUAUCAUCGACAGAGUGCCUAUCUUUUGGGUCGACACCGGCGCAUUGCAGACAUUCCCAUUGAUCAUCCCUCUUGUUCAAAGCAGCAUGCCGUCUUUCAGUAUCGGCUUGUGGAGUACACCCAUGCUGAUGGCACAGUUGGCCGGAGGGUAAAGCCCUACAUCAUUGACCUUGGCUCGGGAAAUGGAACCUUCUUGAAUAAUAAGCGUUUGGAGCCACAGAGAUACUAUGAACUGAAAGAGAAGGAUGUACUUAAGUUUGGAUUUAGUAGUAGAGAGUAUGUCUUGCUCCAUGAAUCAUCGGAUACCUCUGAACUAGACAACCGUGAAGACAAGAAACGGCAGGAUGAA